CGACAUUGAAUCCGUUAAUACACACAAUCAUACAACAUGGGAAACCCGAGACAGAAGAGAAAGCUUAAGUCUUCCCUGCCGAAGCAGAAGCCUAAGAGAUCCGGUAUCCUCAAGAAUGGCAACAAGAAAAUUAACGUGCUCGGAAAUGCGAUCAUCGCCGAGAAUUGGGACCGAAACCUGACCCUGACACAAAACUACCGUCGGCUGGGUCUCUCCCAUCGUUUGAAUGCCCCCACCGGUGGUUCUGAAAAGCGCGUGACGAAAAAUGGCAUCGAGACCGUCCCGGAGGACUCUCUUCACAUCAAGAGCAGUGCCCAAGCCGCCACGAAGAACAUUACGCUGGGAGAAACCAAGGUCGAACGCGAUCCCGAGACCGGAAAGAUUAUCCGCGUGAUUCAACCCGACGAGCACGAAAUGAUUGAAGUCGCCGGACGUAAGGUCCGCAAGUCAAACCCGCUUAAUGAUCCUUUGAAUGAUUCGUCCGACGACGAGAUGGAGGAUGCUGGAUCGCAAAUGAAGAUCCCUACAAGUGCGAUUGUUGAACAGCUCGAACGCCAAGCAGACAAGGAGAGCAAUGCCGUCAAGGCGAAGAAACCCCGACACAUGAGCGAGAGAGAAGUGGAGUGGAUUACAAGGCUGAUCGACCGUCAUGGAGACAACAUCGCAGCCAUGGUCCGUGACCGGAAAUUGAACCCGAUGCAGCAGACCGAAGGUGAUAUAAAACGGAGGAUUCGCAAAUUCAAGGAAAGCCAGCAAUAAAGAAAAUCCGGUUGUAGCAUUGUGUCACGGCGAGUUUGGCGUUAGACGGUUGAUUUUGGAUAAAAGUAUGUUUAUGCUGGGUUUCGUUCGAUCAUAUCCGAGGUGGUCUGCUGGCUAUCCUGGUGGUCUCAAGUCGUGUCAUACCAUAGAGUCAUCUUCUUUUAUGUGCUGUCUGGCAUCAAUAUCCAAUGAUAAUCUGAACAUACGCGUUUGAA